UCUCCGGUACAAACCAAACCAAAGCAAUACGAACACCUUUGCCUCGCACCGCGUCGCCGUCGCCCCUCCCCUCUCCUCGUCCUCGGAAAAAAAAACAGCAGCAGCCCUCGCGCUUUCUCCGAUCGAAUUGCUCUCUCGUGUCGCCCCGGGGCAACCGCCACCGGUUCGGCCGCUCCUCCCCACCACCAGUCGCCUCGCCCCCGGCGCGCCGGAUGAUCUAGGCCUCUCGCCCACCCGUGCCGAUUCCCCCUCGAGCUCGCUACCCCCGCGCGCCGCCGUGGCCAUGUCGCUCGCCUGAGGAUACGGUCGGUGAGCUGUUUCUCGCGAGAGUCCCCGAGUCCCCACGGAAACAGCCCGGGGCCGUCAGCGAGCGAAGCUGGCCGCUUGGCUCGGUCGAUCGAUCCGAAGCGGCGGGCGGUUCGGUUGGUGGUUCCGUCUUGGCUUCGUCCUCUAGCUUGGAAGCUAAGGCUGGGCUUGGUUCCGUUUGCAUCUGAGGAGGAGGGCGUGGGGGACUUGGUAGCGUGCACGGUUGGUUUCCGGACCGGCUUGAUGCGGGACGGCGCGCAUGCCUCUCGCGGCGGCGGGUUCUUCUCGGCGCGCUCGCUCUCCAACUGCAUGCGAAUCAUGUCGUCGGGGACGUCCACGGCCGCGUCCACGCUGCGCUCGGCCGGGGCGUCGCUGGUGAACUCGAUCGCCAGCCGUGACCAGGUACAAUGGGCUGGUUUUGAUAAACUCGAAUGUGGGGUUGGCAUGCCACGGCAGGUUUUGUUGCUGGCUUACAAAUCUGGCUUCCAGGUAUGGGAUGUCGAACAUUCUGAUGAUGUAAGACAGCUAGAAUCCAGACACGAUAGUGCUGUUUCUUUCAUACAACUGCUAAAGAAUCCAAUUGCCACAAUGAAAUGUGAAGACAGAUUUGCAGAUGUACGGCCAUUGCUAGCUCUUGCCUGUGAGGGAAUUUACACAGGAAAUGGAAACAGCCAUGAUACUAAUGUUCCUGUUUUUGAUGGAACCAAUGGUGCUUUCCAUAACAUAGGCAGUGAAAGCCUUCCUACUGUCAUUCGCUUUUAUUCACUGAGGACCCAUGAGUACGUGCAUACAUUGAGGUUCAGAUCAGCUGUUUAUUCCAUAAGGUGCAGUCCAAGAGUUGUAGCUAUUUCUCAGUCUACUCAGGUACAUUGUUUUGAUGCUGCGACAUUGGAGAGAGUCUAUACUGUUCUUACCAGUCAUACAGUUGCACAAAUUUCAGGUUAUGGCCCCCUGGGAUUGGGCCCUAGAUGGAUUGCGUAUUCUGGGAUUCCAGUUCCGGUUCCAGAUACAGGACGUGUGAGCCCUCAGCUUCUUAGUCUGUCUCCCUUUGUUCCACCUCCUGGUUCGAAUGGCAGUGUGGUGGCAUAUUAUGCAAAAGAAUCAAGCAAGCAGCUGGCUGCUGGCAUUGUAACACUUGGUGAUGUUGGAUAUAAGAAGCUGUCCAAGUAUUGUUCAGAUUUCAUUCCAAAUGGUAAUGGUACUGUAAAGCAAAGAAAUUCUGGCUACAAGGCAAAUGGAGCAACAAAUGGGCAACUCAUUGACAAUGAGUAUGCUGGAACGGUCAUUGUUCGAGAUAUUGUCUCUAAAUUAUUGAUAGUUCAGUUCAGGGCACAUACUAGUCCCAUUUCGGCACUUUGCUUUGAUCCAAGUGGAACUUUGCUGGUGACAGCAUCUGUUCAUGGCCAAAAUAUCAAUGUUUUCCGCAUUAUACCACAUGGGAGUGCAUCAGAAGCUGGUCAAAUUGGAACCUAUUUUCAUAUGUACAAAUUGCAAAGAGGCAUCACCAAUGCGGUCAUCAAAGACAUCAGCUUUAGCGAUGAUAGCGAGUGGAUAAUGAUUAGCUCUUCAAGAGGAACUAGUCAUCUGUUUUCAAUAUCUCCAUAUAGUGAAUCUACAAGCUUUCACUACAGCGAUAACAACCCUUCAGAAAAUAAUUACGUGGUGGAUUCAUCAGUUAAGCAUACUGCUCAUUGGUCCCAAAACUCAACACCCUCUUUGAGUCUCAAUCAGAAGACACUUUUCGUAUCUGGACCCCCUGUCACAUUGUCUGUUGUUAGCAGGAUAAGAAAUGGGAGUAACUUUUUUAAGGGUGCUGUCCAUAGUGCUGCAGCAUUUGCAACAAGUGUUUCCAGUCCAAUUUCUGGUGCUAUUGCUUCAACAUUCCACAACUGCAAGGGUGGUGACCUUAAUUCAGAUGGCAGUUUGCUUUGCAUAAAGUAUUAUUUACUAGUGUUUUCUCCAUCAGGAAGCAUCAUACAGUACGUUCUCCAUCUCUCAGCUGAACAGGAUUCUGGAUUUGAUUUCCCCUCAGGUCCCAUUUCUUAUGGAUCAGAGAGAGAAACUGAUACAAAAUUUGUUAUUGAAGCUCUUCAGAAGUGGGAUGUCUGUCAUAAAAGAAAUAGAAGAGACAGUGCUGAGAGUUUUGCAUAUAGUGAUUUUGAGAAUGGAGAAAAUAAUUUUUUUUUCCAGAAAGUGACAAAGAAAGGAACUAGUAUCUAUCCAUUUGGUUGCGCUGCUGCUGAAAGGCCAAAGCUCAGUGCUGAUGAAAGUCGUAAUAUCUAUAUUUCUGAGAGUGAGUUGCAGACACAUGUUGUGCAAAUUCCACUGUGGUCUAGAUCUGGGAUACACUUUCAAGUAAUGAGGGGUCGAACUUUAGAAGCAGACAAUAUUGAUACAAUUUCAGGGGAAGUUGAAAUAGAAGAAAUCCAUACUCAUAAUAUAGAAUCAAGGUCAAAGAAUCUCAUACCAGUCGUUGACUCUCUUCAUACAUCAAGGUUUCAACAGACAAGGUUGAACACUCCUGAUAACAGGUAUGGACUGCUGCAGCGGCAGACAUCUGGAAUUUCAGAAGAUGGUAGACUCUCUCGCAGAAGCAGUUGUAGUUCUUUGGACUGCAUGUCUGAAGGCCCCAAAAGCUCUGAUGGCAGUGGUUUCGGUAAAUAUAUAGUAGAUGAUAGCGGUUCUGCUGUAAAUACCAAUGCAAGUGUUAAAUGCCAUGCCGAGCUUGUAAAUAAUACUGGGAGCCUUGGCUUGUCAGACGCCCAGCUCGGAUUUGUAAAUAGCAAAGAGGACGGUGAAGAUAGAGAGCAACUCCCAGACUUGUUAUAUUGACUGUGAUCAAGAUGAUCGAUGGUGAUGGAGAAGCCUCUUUAAUCGCUGAAGUCUUCAUUGUGCGCAUGUAGCUGAAUUCUUUCAUUUAUCCAUCCGGAGUUAUUGACGUCUCUUCUAUAGUUCUAUUUAUAGGCAUUCAUGAAAAAAAUUAAUGAUAAAAAGAUAGAAAGGGAGGUUGAAUUAUGGCCCUAUCGGUAUGGAAGCUUUGGUGCUGUGAGUUGGGUUUCUAUCUUACAAGAAUUUGUACAUAACAAAUAUUGUUCAUUGCAUUUCCUAUAAUAAUACAUAAUUUGUGAAUAUUUAAAUGGUAAUAUAUUUCCAACUCCAUACUA